AUGUAUCGUCCAGUUGGUGCUUACGAGAAAGACGUCUCUACAAGACUCAUGAAGCCAACGUGUCCUGAAAUUAGAAUUAAGCAAGUGCUUAACUUAGUGGAAAACUGGAAUCCGGCAUGGGAAUAUGAUGGCGAUAUUACUGUGUUUGAUGCUGGAAUUGCACAGUAUCUUUUGGUUGAUGAACGAUCCCAUGAUUUAUUUUUUGCAUCGCUGAUACUAGGAAAAUCUAGUAUACGCUGUAAAUUAGUUAGCACUGAGCCGAAAGAUGUGCUGGAUGAAGAAGCUAACAGUGUGUUCAGUUUGAUUGGUGAAAAUGAAACUGCUGAGGAAGAACGCAAAAAAAUUGACUAUUUAAAAAGUGUUCUAAGUCGUAAAGGUUAUCGGUUCACAAGUGAAUAA